UUCGUUUCGUGUUCUAAAAAUCUAAAAUCGUAAAAUCGAUGCGGGUACGUACGUGAUUGUGUUAUGUGAAUUUUAGUGUGAAAAAUUAAGGAGGAAAAAAAUUAAAUUUCAUCCUGAUAGUAGGUAAUUUAAUCGAGUGAAGAGAAAAAAAUUAAAAAUAAAAAAAAAAUCGGGAACGAUUUUUGUGAUUUUUGUGUGCCAAAGGAUACUCUACUCUCCGCUGAAUAAGGAUCUUCCUUCAACUUUGAUUAUUGUUCGUGUUCUUUUUGGAUACCAAAAUAAUGUUGUAAACGUCAGGAAGGAACACAAAAAAUUGGAAUUGGAAUGACUUCCUUAUUCGCAUUCGGGCUCCAGGCUUAGACCCACGAUACGACAUCAACGAGGACGACUUUCACCCCCUUCCAGAAUUACCCUAUACACGGAAGACCAAAAGCACCAAAGAACUCUCGCUCUUCUGCCUGCAAAAGAAGAGGACGAAAAAGAUCGGAUUGCCGUCGGGAUAAUAAUACGAUUCAUAGGAUGCACAUACGCCAUAGUGAACGCUUCUGUAUAGGACGUAUAUUCAGCGAACGGUAUUGUGGAGUGGCCGUGUAACUUUUUAAUGACAAAAAUGCGGUUACCUAGUGGUGGGGCAGAGGAUUACAGGAAAAAAUAAAAAUAAAAAAAAAAAUAAAAAAAAAAAGAGUUGAAGUCGACGAGGACGAGAGGGUGGGAAGUAGUAGUAGGGUAAGCGAGCGUUACGACACACAACUACAACGACGAACGACGGUAGAACGACGACGAGAAGGAGGUUUUUCAACUCGAUUGCUGUUGAUAUAGAGUGCGCAUUCAGAGGAGCAGUGGGGCACGAAGGGCUUAAUUACUGGAGCGUUAAGGAUUCAUCUGGAAAAAGAGAUGAUUUCUUUUGUGAAAAUUACUUGCUCAACCCUGGUUUUGGUAUUGCUGGCAAUCAAAAUCGGAAACGCUUGCAGAGUUUCGGAGUUCCCCUGUCGUGGCAGCAGUGUUUGUGUGCCCUUGGAUAAGUAUUGCGACGGAAAGGACGAUUGCGGAGAUGCUAGUGACGAGCCAAAAUAUUGUACUGUUUGUAAUCGAACAUACUACGGAGACGUGGGGAGGACAUAUUCCAUAAAAGUGCCGACACCACAAUGGAAUAAGCUGCCUUUUCUGUGCCACUUGACAUUCACAGCAUCCGGACAUGAUCAAGGAGACAUUGUUCAGAUUAUAUUCGAUGGAUUUACAGUGGGACGUUUCGAUGAGGGUUUGGUCGAUUCGGAUAUUGAUGGAUUCGAUUCAAAUUUUAGUCCAUCGGGCGAGCUCCCAGGAUGUCCCGAAGGAUUUAUGCAGCUUAGCGAGUUGGGGCGACCUUUUACAGGCGGUUCAUGGUGUGGCAAAGCAACCGGACCACAGCUGUAUUUUAGCGAAACAUCAACUGUGACAGCAUCCGUUAAGGUAUUCCACCCGCCAAGGAACAUACAGGACGAGAAGCCUUUUGAAUUUAAUAUAAGAUACAAAUUUAUAAGUCAGUCCGACGCCGUAGUUCGGUAUGGACUACCGGAUAAAUUGUUAGAACUUGGACGUGUUACACCAGGCACAUAUUGUACAAGACAAUUUGAUGAGUGUUAUAGGAAAAAGUGCCGUUUGCAAAGUCCAAAUUAUCCUGGAAUGUAUCCAAGAAAUGUCACUUGUUACUGGACGAUACGCCAAAAAGAAGUUCCUACAUGCAAACAUGCAAUGAUAUCUGUUAGUCAAGAGAAUCAACAUAAAGCUUUAGUUAAAAGGUCAAUAGCAAGUUUCAACAAAACAUCUAGGUCCAUACGUGCCUGGUCGGAUUGCACUGGUGAACGGGACCACUUGAUAUUCUACGACGGAAGUUCAACUAAUGAUCCAGUCUUGGCAAAAUACUGCGGCGGUGAUUGGUUACCUAAAGUCGUAUCACGGGGAUCGGAAAUGCUUGUGGCAUUUCAUUCAAGUCCAUUUUCUGCACCAUUGCAACAGGGAAUACCUAAUCGGGGAUUCGAAUUGGAUGUAGAUAUACUUUUUACCGACUCCGAUUCGUAUGAUUUUGCCCAAGGAACUAAGAACAUUUGUGAAUUUCACAUAAAUGCCUCGAACCCGGAUGAUGUACUAUUUUCUCGUCGCGGCAGGAUGGGUCGGAUUGUGAGUCCCCGUCAUACACUUCCGCCGAAUACGACAUGCACCUACCACUUCCAUGGAUAUCCUGGCGACCUGAUUUGGUUAUCUUUUACAAGCUACAAUCUGCAAAUACUCCAGCAAGCAAUACACGAUAAUAAUACACUAGGAAGGGCCGACUUGCCACCCUGGAUAACAAGACUACGAAUGUGGGACAGUUAUGGGACAUAUGUACCAAUAAAAAUGACAACCACUACAACCACUGUACCGCCUCAUUCUUCUUCGACAUUACAACAAAAUAAAUACAAUACCAACACAAACAGUAACAACAAUAACAAUGUCGUUAACCAAACAAAUAAUUACGGAAACUAUUACUACAGCCCACAAAAUCCAAAGUUUGGUAAGAACAUUCGCGUGAACAUAGACAAUGCCUGGAAUCCAGUCGACACAUACAUUUACGGCCCAACUCAGUCCAGUAUAUUUAACCAAGAAAACAAAUACGGUGGCUAUUUGCAGCAACAGCAACAGAAGUUCCCGGGGGGAGGAGGUGGCGCAUCGUCUGGCAAUGGCCUGACAAGCGUCAAGGAGAGUCUCAACUAUAUCGCCAACACCCGAUUCGAUAAGAAUUCUAAAGAUGCUGCUGCAAUGGGGGUAGAUUUAAAGGGUGGCGGUGGUGCAGCAGCAACUUCUGGUCUUGGCACUUUGGGAAAUGGUGGCGGCGGCGGCAGUGGCAUUGGCAAAAAUAAACGACGGCUUAUGUUGGAAAUUUAUGACUACGAAACACCAAAAUUAUGCGAUCACACUGCCAUAACAAGCAUCGGAGGACAUAAACUGCGACCGUGCAGCCCACUCGAGAGUUACGUCAGUGCCGGAAGGGACUUGAAAAUUGAAUUCCACACCCAUACCGGAACCGCACUUUUCCCAGCGACCUUUUCUCUCAACUACGAGUUUGUCGACACCGAACAAGGCGGCGAACUAUGGCCAGGACGACGAGGCGAAGACCCCGUCCCCCAACUCUGCUCAAGGAUAUUCCGCAAACGCAAGGGCAACGUACAAGUGCCUCGCAACGUCUUUCUGUACGGCCGUGGCGGUGCCAAGAACCUAACAUGUUUGUACAGAUUUGAGGCCGGUGUGUCGGAGCGUGUUAAGCUCGUACUUCACAAUGUGUCCUUUGGUGAGGGCAACGCUUGCACCACCGACUCCGACCUACACACUGGCCGACCGAAAUGCAAUCAAAUCGACCCGGACGGUCGCAUCACCGAACUCAAGCUCUACGAUGUACCAUUCCGGGACGUAAAAAUACCGUUGGGGUGUUUCUGUGAUAACACCAGUGCCCUGUACAAUGCACCGCUAACAUUUAUAUCGAAUUCGAGAAUUAUGGAAUUGUCGUUCACAGUUACCCGGCUAAAUAUAUCGGAGGACUUUGCCGAUGUGUAUUUCUUUGCGUCGUACGAGUUCAAACGUGUGCCGGAAUGCCGUAAACGUUUGAAAUUGAAAGGAUCGGGAGGGGAGGACGAAAUCAAAUAUCCACUCAAGUCACAGGAUACAAGUUGUGAGGGCUUGUCGUGGUACAUCGAGGGACAACAAUUAGAACGGAGCCUAUUUGUGCAGACGUGGGGCUCGUAUCUGCCAGUGGAUCCGACAUCGGAGGAUGCAAUGCGAUGCCAUACGAAGAAUCGAUUGAUGAUUUACUCCGGUCGACCGUUAAAAGUUAUGCGAGUUAUAUGUCCGGCACAGAGUGGGCCUCGGCCGACGUCGUUGCACAUAUUCUCGGAGGAUUGGGCCAAUGGUCAACCGCUAUUCACAAAUAAACCUGUAAGUCUUGUAUUGGAACCAAUACUUAAAGAACCCGGUGACAUUGCAUUCACAUGGUUAGAGAUACAUCGUACAAGAAUAGCACUUUUACAACAACUGGACCUGCAAGGCAACACUUCGACAACGGGGAAUGAUACGCUCGGUGAAUUUGGACUAUAUCCAAGAGAAUCGGAUUGCGAAUACAAAUGUCCUGAAAUUGAUGCAUGCAUUGCUGCAAACUUGUGGUGUGAUGGUCACACAAAUUGCCCAUCGGGUUUUGAUGAAUCGGAAGAGGAAUGCGGAACAGCACGUAAGCUCCUAGAAUUACCUGGUGGUGUGUUUGCAGCCUUGGGCUGCAUAGCGGCGGCUAUAACUGCCUGUUUAAUAUUCUGCAUAUUUGGUUUAGUGAGAAAGCGUAAAAAAUCUGUCGUUCAAAAAACGAUACUCAAUGGAACACUGAAAAAGGACAUCAAAAAGGAUUCGUUAUUUAUCGAUCCGGCUUCCUGACACGGGCUUCAGCCGGUCGAAUAUAUACAUGUCGACCGGGAGACCACUGUGUGAUAUGUUGUAUAAAUGUGUGUAACAUAAAAUUAAAAAAAAAAAAAAAAUACUUAAUACAUCAAUUAUUACAUUUAAAAAAGUACAUAUACGUAUUUAAUAUUGUUUUUUGUUUUUUUAUUAAUUUGUUCAUUUAAUUAAUUUUUUUUUCCUGUAUAUGAAGGAGUCGAAGAAAAAUUG